AUGGCACUUUAGGCAUGUCGUCGAGAUAUCCGUCGUCCAAGGCGGUGAUCCUGCUGGGUGGCCAUGAGGACCGACACUUCCGCCCGCUGUCGAUGGAUCUACCGACCCCGCUGUUCCCAAUUGCCGGUCGACCCAUGCUUUUCCACCACGUCGAAGCGUGUGCAAAGGUCCCGAACCUCCAGGAGAUUCUCUUGAUCGGCGCGUACGACGCGGGCCUAUUUGCGAGCUUCAUGGACGUGGUCACGCGCGACAUUGCGGGUGUGACGUCGAUCCGUUACCUCCAAGAGAGGCAGCAUCUCGGGACCGGUGGGGGGUUGCGAACGUUCCGCGAGGACAUUGAAGCAGGCAUCCAUGGCAGCCCCGACCUGUUCUUUGUCUUGCAUUUCGACAUUUGCUGCAGUUUUCCACUCGUGGACAUGCUGCAUCAUCACAUUCGAGCGCAAGCAUUUGUGACGGUGCUUGGGAAGCGAGUGUUCCCCGACGAGGCCAAGACGUACGGGUGUUUGGUGGCUGACCCAGACUCGUCCGAAGUGGUCCACUGGGCCGAAAAGCCAGCCUCCUUUGUCAGCGACCUCAUCAACUGUGGAGUGUACCUCAUGAAUAUGGACAUGAUCCAGGACAUUGUCGAGUUGGGCGAUGCGCUCGUCGAGCAGCGGCAAGCGGCCACUUUGCGCAGCGUCGAGUAUCCUCACCUGUUCAACGACAUCCCCGACCAGCUCCGUCUCGAGCAGGACUUUUUGCUUCCCAUGGCUGGGACGCAGACCUUGUAUGUGUUCGAGACCGGUGACUUUUGGUGCCAAAUCAAGACUCCCGGCAUGACCGUCAUGUGCUCUGAGUUGUACAUGCAGCGGUAUCGCUACGUCGAUCCCACGCUUCUGGCGUCGACCGGCGGCAAGCUCUCGCCGCGAAUCGAAGGCAACGUUGUCGUUCAUCCGUCUGCCAGCAUUCAUCCAUCCGCCAAGCUUGGCCCGAAUGUGUGCAUUGGGGCCGGCGUCACGAUCGGGCGCGGCGUCCGCGUCGCCCACUCGAUCGUUUUGGCAGGGGCGACCAUUCGAGACCAUGCGUGCGUGUUGUUUUCGAUUGUCGGGUGGAAUGCGAUGGUUGGCGAGUGGGCUCGAGUGGAGGGCGAGCCCCCGAAUAGCAAGCCAGAUGCAGCGACGGUGGCGCUGGGCGGUGGAGUCCGCGACGUGACGAUCUUGGGGACGGCCGUGGUGUGUGCGCCGGAAGUGAUUGUCCGCAACUGCAUCGUCCUUCCCCGCAAGACGCUCCGGCAAAGCUGCCACAACCAAGUGCUGCUCUAAGGCUGCCUCGUUGCUACACGAAGGACAGUGUCGACAUCUUGCCAGGUCGACGCCUGGUACAGCGUCGGUUGACAUGCAUCCGCGGCCUUGGACAGACGAGGCGAAUCCGCGAUGGACAACCCGACAUGCGCGGCGACUUUGAAGAUGCUGCUCUCACUCGUGUUCAGCACGAUGCCGACGUCGGCCGCCAAGAGCGCUGGGAGGUCGUUGACACCGUCUCCCACAAACGCCACCGCGUUGGACGGGUGCGCUACAAACGAAUCAUGAGUUGGCAAAGAACACUUUCCAGUAUUUAUCAAGACAAUGGAAUAACGAGAUCGAGGCGUUGUAUGCUGG